UCUCCUGUUCUUGUUGUCAAAGCGUGAUGAUCCUGUAUACUAAAGAGCGGAAAAAUUUAUGUGUCAAUUUCACAUAUCAGGGAAACGGACUGAACGUGGAUGUCACAUUGAGUUCGGACAGAAUCAGUACCAGAACAGUCACGAAUUUUCAGGCGUUCCAGUUUUGCGAGUUUGUUCCCGGUUGUCUUUUCUCGACUGCAUGUAUCAACGUUUUAGAACUCAACCAAUCUGCUACAUCUAUUACGGCUUGCCCCCGCCUCGAUAUUUACGCCAAGAAACGACUUUGGCAGAUUAAUUACGACUGCAUAAGUAUAUUAACAGAAUUGCCGAUGAUGUCAACUGACGACAUUGACGACACAAUGAGAAUGACGGACAUGACAAUCGAAGAAACAUCUUCGGCAGAAAGUAGACAGUCGACAUCGAGCGAAUCAACGAUUGUGCAAACAUCGGAAAUGAAUGUCACGGAAACAAACGGAAGGCCAGAAGAAGCGGAGGAUAUCACCGAGAUAUCGGAAAUUUUUGAAGAAAUAAUACCGAUUAAAUGACAAUCGAAAUUGUGAUUGUUGCAAAGAGAAAAAUAACUGCGGAAUAGUGGAAGAAAUAAUUAAUAAGAUAUAACG